UCCAAGUGGCCUCGAGGCCUCUCCUCCCCGCAGUCCUCUGCCUGCCUGCUGUCCCUGCGAAAGACCUUCGUUUUCUCCUCGAGACCAUGGCCUCCCGCAGCGCGGGCACCCUGCUUACUGGCAACAAUGCCACCUACGUGCCGCCCAGCCUCAUGCCUGGGUAUCAGGGUCAUGUUCCAAAUGUGGCCUUCUCCUUUGGGGACACCUAUGGCAAUGCCACCUAUAAGUAUUUCCAAGAUUGCCGAAAUUCAGCCACGUAUACCAGCUAUAGUCCCUAUGGGAAAAGUGGCCAGUUCCCAACACUUUUCUCUCGAAAUCCCAACCUGGCUCUGGGUUACCGCUCCCGUGCCUGGGACCGCUGGCUGCAUACACCCACCUACACUCGCUAUAACCUUGACUGCAACAGAUCCGCAGAGCUCAAGCAAUUCUACCAGCUGGUACAGAUGCACCGAGAACAUUACCGAGACAAGACUGGCACCGUGAACUGGGUCCCUUACUUUGUGCUGCCUGUGAAGGAGAAGGAUCGUUAUCCUCUGCCUACUGAUCUGAGCAGCACUCAGAACCCGGAAAUGGUCCAGAAUUUAAACUAAACUCCAAGGCCUUAAAGAGCUCUUGGCUAUGCCCCCUGCCUCACACAACAACAAGGAAGAUAGAAUGGAGUCAUGGAGGGUCGGAAGAGAGGCUUCCUCACCCAACAUUCAGGAACUGUGACUUCUCUAGUCCUUGUUCUAUUAAUAACUAGUUGUGUGCUCUUGGGCAAAUCACCUCACCUCACCUGUAA